GUGGCUUGGCAUCCAGGGAGCUGCCAGCUCCUGGCCUGAGGCAUUGAUACAUCUGCCGGGAAUGAGGGCUGUAAGCCAUGAGUCCACUCUCUGAUAAGCAUAUGCUUGUCAGAUAGUAGACUAGUGACUCCAGUACUCUCCCCCCUGCCCUUUGUUACUUCAGAGUGGCAGGAGCCAGUGAUGCGGGGAGCUGGCUUAAAAGCUGGUCCUCCCCUCCCCAGCAUCAUCUCCACAGCAGGGGGGGAAGGCUGAAGCAUGGAGGGACCAGGCGUUAAUCCUGCAGUGGCUCGUCAGUUGUUCCCUCCCCUCCCCUGCCGCCAAUCGACUAGUCAAUUAGUGGAUUAAACACAGUUCAACAUCCCUAGUGGGAACCCCACCCCAGUAGCACUUGGAGGCCAGGCUGAGGUUACCUAGGGCAGGCAGUAGGCCCAUGGAGUAACUGCUGGGCUGAGCAGGAGAUCUGUGGCUGCUUACCUUGAAAUGCUGUAAAGGGCUUCGGCCAGUGUUUCUCCAUGGAUCCACUCAGCUGCCAACAGGCGGCAACUGGGGUCUGUUUAUUUUCCAGCGCUGCAGCCAUGGUAGCUCCCAUUGGUUGUGGUUCCCCAUUUGAUGCCAAGGGAAGCAGUGUGGCCUGGGCCGCUGCUUCCUGCAGCUCCCUUUGAUGCAAAUGGCAAACCACAGCCAAUGGGAGCCACCAGGCUCUGUAGCUGCAGCGCCGGUAAAUAAAUAAACCUGAGCUGCCUGUUGGCAGCUUAGAGUGGAUCCAGGUCACACUUGGAGAAACUGGCUUGGGAGGAUCCAGCUUGCUUCCCCUAGCUCUGAGACACCAGGUUUCUCUACGCAGACCAUUAAUCCUUGGGGACCGUGGCAGCUGCUCCAGGAGCCAGGCCCCGCAGUGGUUCUGGGGCCCCAACUCAGCUGUUGUCUUGCAUCAGUUGCCCCAGAAGUACAGUGUGGAACGGCUGAUGAAAGCCCGUGGAGUUUCUCUGCGGGUUUCCUAGGAAGCUUGGUUCUGCAUUGCUCCUUUAACUGGCCAGAGGGCCCCGCAGGGGGGACACUGGAAGGAGAUGAGGGGGGUGUCUUGUCAUGCAAGCAAUCCAGCUGGAAAGCAUUAAGCAUUGGGGGCGUGUAGCUUUUGAGGUGCCCCUGCUUCAUAUAGCUUCUCUGCCCAGGCUCCCAGUCCGGCUUGCCCUGAGGCCAGAGCUGAUCUAGGACCAAGAGAAUCUACCGCGUAGCUUUCGCUGCCAGCAGAAAUGCCUGUGGCGUCUGCACUUCCAGCUCUGGGGAGGAGAUCCUGGCUCUGCCCCAGCAGUGGGAUGGGAGCAGCCAGCUGGGAGAGGGCCUCAGCUGGGUGCGGCAGGGUUGGCUCUUCACUUGGAACUUCCUGUAACUUCAGAGGCUAAAAAUGACUGGAGGCAGGAGCAGCAGUUCCUUGAGGGGAUGGGUCCUGGGGACACACUGAGCUGGAGAGCAGGCAGCAAUCUCACUCCCUCCUCCCCCCAUGGGGGGCAGUUCUGGGGUCACACGCUCUGCCCCUGCUCAUGCUGCCUGGUUCUGGCUCUAGGGGGGUUGGCUAACCCACUGCCUUCCCUGAGUCCACCUUUGCUUUCCCCCCACAGUAUUCUAGAAGGAAGUGCGUCUUCAUACAUCACCACACGUGAGAGCAGGGAGACUUUCUGGCCCAGACGUGACCAUGGCAGCGGAGCCCGUGUCCGCCUCCCUGCCCAGCUGGGAGCUGGAGGCCUGGUACGAGGACCUGCAGGAGGUGCUGUCCUCAGAUGAGCAUGGGGGGCCAGGCCUGCCCCCUGGGGGAGUGGAACAGAAGGACCUUGCCACACUUGAUGCCACAGCGCUGCUCUGGGGCCUGGAUCCCCCCGGUCCCCUGGUGGAGCCGACGGAGGACGCCCCUGGGAGCUGCGAGUUGGAGAGCAGCUUGACGGCAGAGCUGCUGGAGCUCCUGAGCGGAACAGCCGAGGGGCUGGCUGGGGUCCCCGAGUCGUCAGCCCCAGACUCCAGGGGAAAGGGGAGGGGGAGCAGCCAGCCCCAGGGGCAGGGCAGGAAGCGGAGCCGGGAAGAGCAGAGCGAGAGGAGGGUGACGGAGCUGCUGGCCGAGAACGAGCGGCUCAAGCAGGAGAUCGAGCGGCUGAGUGUGGAGGUGGAGGCCACGCGGGCAGCGCUGAUCGAGCGCAUGGUGAACCUGCGGAAGGCGUAGGGCUGAACCCAGCCACAGGGGCGACGAGGCCCCGGUGCUGACUGAGCCGGGCCGCUUGCCGAGAGCCAG